ACCAAAAUGGCGGCUACGCGCUAGCCCCAGAUCGUUUGUCCCAACUCUUAUUCUAUAGAGAGCUCUGUAUACUACUACUUUAUUCAGCGGUAGUUUGCAGUUCUCACUAACAGAAACCUCAUAUUUCGCUAUAAAACGCCGGACGACCGAACGUGUAGUGCAUGGUAAGCAGGUUACUGGAAUGAGUAAUUCUACAAAAAUGGAUUCUUUACUUGUUAUACCAUUGCUGUUGAUUAUGAACAUGUUCCUUCAAUUUAAACAAUGCGAAAGUUCCGCUCAUGACAUUUACAAAGAACAACUUAAGGAUGAUUAUUAUAGAAGCGGACUUGACUUGACUAUGAUGAACAGUAGAUUGGAACCAAAUGUAAAACCUGCCAAGAACGUCAUUUUCUUUCUGGGAGAUGGCAUGGGCAUUAGCACGACUACUGCAGCACGAAUACUUGAUGGUCAAAAUAAAAAUCAAAACGGAGAGGAGAAUGUACUCGCUUGGGAACAAUUUCCUUAUACAGCUUUUUCAAAGACUUACAAUACGGAUGCACAAGUUCCCGACUCUGCCGGUACCGCUACAGCAUUUGCCUGUGGGGUGAAAACUAAACAAGGUAUACUCGGUCUGAAUAGUAAAGCUAAAUUCGGUGACUGUGAAAGUGCAAAAGGUAAUGAGGUGCUGUCAAUUUUAACGUAUGCAGAGCUUGCAGGAAUGUCCACUGGUAUAAUAUCUACAACACGUGUGACGCAUGCAACGCCAGCUGCUUUCUUUAGUCAAACACCAUCACGUCAGUGGGAAAAUGAUCAAGCGGCAAAAGGCAACUGCAUUGAUAUAUCACGACAGUUAGUUGAUUUUAAAUACGGAGACGGUAUUGAUGUAGCCCUUGGUGGUGGAUGGAGGAGCUUUCUACCGUGCGGAGGAAUAGACCCAGAAGGGAAAAUGUUGAAAGGUAGAAAAUGUCGCAACGACAGACGUAAUUUGACUGAAGAAUGGUUAGAAAAGAGAAACCGAUCUGCCGUAGCUUGGAAUAAAAAUGAUUUAAAGAAUAUCGAUGCGAGUAAAGUUGAUCAUCUUCUAGGGUUGUUUGCUUCCAGCGCUAUGCAAUUCGAAGUUUUGCGCCCCGACACGAACAGGACUCAUGAGCCAGGAUUUUUGGAAAUGGUCGAAAAAGCCAUUGAAGUACUAAGUAAAAAUCCCAAAGGAUUUUUUUUGAUGGCCGAAGGCGGUUUAAUUGACUGGGGUCAUCAUGCUAACAGCGCACAUUGGGCGUUAACGGAGACGUUAUUUAUGGAGCGAGCAGUUAAGAGGGCACAAAAAAUGGUAAAUACAAGUGAUACAUUAAUUAUUGUGUCAGCGGACCAUUCGCACUCCUUUGUUCAUUAUGGUAACGUUAAACGUGGCAAUCCAAUAUUUGGAUUUCAAUCCGAUCUUCCUGAUGAUGGUAAACCAGCACUCUCAUUAUCAUAUGGUGAUGGAUCCGUUGGUUUAAGUGGCAAUCAAGUUCGAGCCAAUCUCACUGGUGCGAACUACAAUGAUAAACAUUUUAAGCAGCAAGCUCUUGUCAAACGAUAUUAUGAAUCUCAUUCAGCUGAGGAUGUUGGUAUCUACGCAACCGGUCCAUUCGCACAUCUUUUCCACGGAGUUGUUGAACAGUCGUACAUUUUCCACGUCAUGGACUACGCUCUGUGUUUGACCAAAGAUAAACAAAAAAUGUGUCAGAAACCGACAGAACGUGGAGGUUCAAUACCGACAGAACGUGGAGGUUCAAUACCGACAGAACGUGGAGGUUCAAUACCGACCGCCAAACUUGACUGCAUUUGUCCCACAUCACGUAGUGCAAAUGUUUCAUCGAAUCUUUUCUUCAUUAUUGCGAUCCUGACAAUCGCUUUGUUCUGUUUUAAAAAAUAUGAUUACUGUUCCAACUAAGACUUACUUCACUUUUUUACUAAUAACUUUCACUACUUUUUCUUAAUUAACAUGAGACCCUAAAGUGCUACCUAUUUCGGGGUAUCGGGAGGCAUGGACCGAAAAAGGGAUUUUCAUAGUUUCAAAAUUUCUCUUUUUUCUUUACGAGAACUCUUCCCAAACAAGAAACUAAAAUAUCUAAGGAUACUGCAAAGGUUUAAAUAACUUCCGCCUUUUUUUACUUAUAACUUAAACCAACUCUAAGCAUGUUUAAACGUUUUUUACUUUUUACCUUUUACAAUGUAACUUUCUUAUAACUCUCACGUGAUGAACGAGAGCCUGCUCAUACAAUAUCACUCUCUCAUUAUGAACAAAAUCAUCCGUGGGCUUCAUGGAAAAAAGGGAUUAUCUAAUUUGUUAUAAUAGUUUCUACAAAGAUAACAUUUAAUAAGUCAAGCAAUUUGUAUCGUUACAAGAGUUUUCUCUUUAUUGGUUUAUAUCUUUCUGAUUUAAUGUUUAACUAACCUACAUGCACUUACAGAUAGAUGUAAUACUGCUUACAUUUUAUACUGAAAGAACAUUGUAUACGUAUUGUAUUUUUCCUGUAAUAUAAGCGCUUCUCGUAACAGGCAUGAAUGAAUUUACUGCUGCGUACUUUAUGUUAGCUUUGAAUGCAUCUUACAAUGACAGAUAUUACUAAUUUGUUUGCAAAAUUUAUAAAUAUGCAUUGUUAAAGUUUUGUCUUUU